AACCCUUAUAUCUAUAUAUAUUUGAAUCCUGACAGCAAAACCUGUGGUGAAAAUCUGAGAAAUCAAGAUGUCCUGAAUGAGGACAGGAUUAGUGACUUGCCUGAAGCUUUGCUUAUGCAGAUAUUAUCUUCACUUGCAACAAAAAAUGUCAUAGCGACGAGUGUUUUGUCUAAAGGGUGGAGAUCUCUUUGGAAGAAAGUGCCAAGCAUCAAGUUUGAUUCUUGGUAUCACAAAACUGAACCCCAUAGGUUUUCAGAGAUUGUUUACAAGUCUUUGCUUUCAUAUAACUCUCCGGUUCUAGAUAGUUUUUAUUUGGUAGAUAUAUGCGUAUCUGAAGUUUCAGAUGAUAUCACAAUAUGGAUUGGAAUUGCAUUUGCACGCCAUGUGCGUAAAUUAGUACUGAAGCUGCUUUUAGAUGAAAAGUAUUACGGCAACUUGAUUAGAUUUCCGAGUGUUUUCUGUAACUGUAAUAACACACUCGAUACCUUGGAAAUAAGUAAGUUAUUUCUUUUAGACUUUCCUUCUCGGGUAGGUUUGAAGUCCCUUAAAAAGCUGCACCUUAGCUAUGUGAACUUCAGAGACGACGAAUCUGUUUGCAACCUUUUAUGUGGUUGCGCUAGUCUCGAAGAUUUGGUUGUGCAGCGAAGGGGCAGUUACGAUGGGGUGAUCACUUUCACUAUUGCGGUGCCAUCAUUACAGAGACUAACCAUAGUAGAUACAUUCCGAGGAACAUGUCGGGGAGGAUAUGUGAUAAACGCCCCUUCUUUGAAAUACUUGAACAUCAAAGGAGUCGGGUUGUUAAGUUUUUGGUUACAUAGGACUCAUCGCACCGAGUCGUAUGGGUUUUGUCUUAUUGAGAAUGCUCCAGAACUGGUGGAGGCAAAAAUCACUGGCUUUACUGAUAUAAAUUUACACAACGAAAACAUUUUUGUAUCUUUAACUUCAGCCAAACGUCUUUCCUUUGACUUUUCACCCUUCAAGGUACAAUUUAAGGUUCUCACAGAUGGUAUUACCUUCUAUCAGCUGGUAUCUUUGGAGCUGAAUACAAGUAAAAGUGAAUGGUCGAAACUACUUGCGCGCAUGCUCGAUAGUUCUCCUAAAUUGCAAAUCCUCAAGCUCGUCAACAUCGCAUAUUUGUACCAUGACAACAAAGUAUCCACUUUUCCAUUGGCCGGGGAUUGGGAGCAACGUCCUAAAUGUGUACCAGAAUGUUUGUUGUUCCAUCUUGAGACACUCAUGUGGACAGGAUACAUAUGGGAUCGUAAAGAUGAUAGAGAAGUGGCAACAUACAUUUUAAAGAACGCAAGACACUUGAAGAAAGCAACCUUCUACACAGAACCCAUACAGCUGGAAUAUUUCCAAACGUUGGAAGAGAAACAUGAGAUGCUCAACGAGUUGGCUAGUGUAGUUAGGGUUUCAAGUUCAUGUCACCUCGUCUUCGAAUCAUCCAACUAAUCUCUUAAACUCUUCCAGCGAGUUUGAAUAGAUUUCAGUUUUUAGCUAAUAAAUAAGUUUUAAGAUAUUUUGGCGAAAAUCAAACAAUUAAUAACUUUUCAACAGUUUCCUCCAUUUCAUCGACACCGUUUAACACCGUCUUACACUGCAUGCCAGCAUGCGCCUUCCAUCUGACAUAUCCCGUAACGAGGCUUUACGACAGCCACAUAGGCCUAUCCAUGUUUCUCAUGUAACGAAAAAGUGACGUGAAAAAUGGCUUGUUUGUCUCAUGAGUAAACUUCAACCGGCAGUUACCAUUGAACGGAGUGGACAUAGGAUGCCACGCACGCUCCAAACGGUACAAGCAUGGCAUCUGCGGCACUUGAUGCUCUCCCACAAACUCAAAAUAGUCGGCCAUAGUUAUAUGCGAAUCAAUAUGGUAAGGAAGGACACUUGCUACACCAUUUAGAUCAUGAAGCGCAAGUGCGGCCUGAAAAGCUCUCUGAGCCUACUCAUAUACGAGGAUAAAUGGAUAUAUCUGUUGCAUAAAAGGAAAGUAAUUCAUCAGACUUACAAUUUCUAUCGCCACACAUCAGAAAGGAAAGAAAGAAAAACUAUCAAAGAUGUUAUUACCUGAAGUAGUUGUAUGCAUCUUUAGUCUCAAGAAACUCCAUUGAGAAAGAACGAUCCAAGCGAGCCCUGAUCUCCAUUGGAGAAAUCAAAACCGCCUUUGUGAUGUGAUGGACUCCACGUCUUCCCCUCGUCCCUGUCUAGAGCUACCACCACCCCAUCUUGACUGCUCCUGUCAAGUGAUCUAAGUCAUCUAACGACCUUUGAACCAUACAUUCUCCUCCGUUUUCUAGAUUCAGAUACUUGGGAUCUAUUGAUUUUCCUUUCUACUAAGUUCUUUUUAUUUUCCUCAAAAUAUCAUUUGAUAUUUUUUUUAGGGAAAAUUGCAUAUAAAACCUUGAAAGUAUCACUUACUAGCACUUUAAACCUUGAAGUUUUUUCACUAACACUUUUAACCUUCAAAGUGCAUUUUUAUCAUAAAAAAUCUUCAAAGAAGAAAAAUGAUCGGCUGAACAGG